AUGAUGAUAAGAUUACACCAAUAUGACUUAACCAUCGUUUAUAAGAAAGGGUCAGAGAUGCUGCUAGCUGACACACUCAGUCGUCACCAUUUAGACAACUCCACCGACGAAGCACGCAGCGUCGACAGCGAUCUCGACCAAGUGGACAGUUUGGAAGAAAUAAACGAAAUACUAAAUUGUGAAACAACAACCAUAUUCCAAGACCACACAACGAAAGAUCAAGACCUACAGCAAGUCAAAUCAUUCAUCCAGUCAGGAUGGCCUGAGAGCUCCAAAGAUCUAUCUCCAGCAAUCACCCCGUACUUCCAUCUACGAGACGAACUAACAACACACGAGGGCCUCGUGUUUAGGGGAGACCGCGUCGUUAUCCCAAAAUCACUACGAAAGCAAGUACUGAAUGAAUUGCAUGCAGCACACCAAGGGAUCGCAUCGACAAGUCGGCGAGCCAGAGAAACCGUCUACUGGCCACACCUGAACCAAGAAUUGAAAGACCACAUCUCACAUUGCAUCACCUGUGACACAUUCAAUUCCAAGCAGCCGAAAGAACCUCUCAUCCCGCAUGAAAUACCAAAGAGAGCGUGGGCAAAAAUCGGUUGUGAUAUCUUUGAAUUUGAAAAGAAAUCGUAUUUAGUAACAGUGGACUACUACUCGAACUUCUUCGAAGUUGACCGCCUUGAAAAAUUGACAUCACUGGCAGUCAUAAAGAAACUAAAGCCCCAUUUCGCCAGGUUCGGUAUUCCAAAUACUCUCGUGACAGACAACGGCCCACAAUUCAUCAGUGAUGACUUUCGAGACUUCUCUAUGAAGUACCAAUUUGAGAAUAUAACGACCAGUCCCUAUCACCACCAAUCCAACGGCAAAGCCGAAUCUGCCGUCAAGCAAGCCAAACGAAUAAUUCGAACAUGCAAAUCAUCAAACGAUGACAUUUACCUUGCCCUUCUUGCCCACCGAAACACCCCCCAAACAACUCAUGAAACAAGUCCCGCACAGCGACUGUUUAACCGCCGUACAAAGACUCUCUUGCCCGUCUCGGAGAAGUUGCUCCAACCGAAGAUAAAUCCGCAAGCAAACAAACGCAUCCAACAAAGACAACAGCUUCAAAAGAAAUACCACGAUCGUGGCGCAAAAGAGCUCAGCCCGUUGCGGAAAGGAGAAGUGGUGAGACUACAGCCAACCCGAAUCGGCGAAAAGAAAUGGAAGAGAGGGAUAGUUGUACGCAAAGUCGGGAUAAGAUCAUAUGAAGUCCAAUGCAAAGGGUAUACCUAUACUAGAAACAGAAAAUUCAUCUGAUGAUCAAGGUUACCUGCAGAAUUCGGUAGUGACAACGCAGAUGAAGAGAUGUCAGACAUGUCCGAAGCGGAAGAGAACGUUUCUGUACCUACUGACAAUGAUCUGCCCCAAGAAAACCCUCAACCAGCACACUUAGAACGCAAUGAAACAAGUACCGAAACAAGUUCUACAAGCAAAACACGUAGUGGACGGUUAGUUAAAAAACCUGACAGGCUAGGUAUAGACACAUAAGGGAACGCGGUAUAUAUACGGUAUAUUUAUAAAGAAAAAAACUUUCAGAGAAGAGGAGAUGUUGGACAUUUACUGUUGACAUUAAUAUUUUAGUUAUAUUUGCUCGGACAGGGAAAACUGGGAACGAACGAAAAGGGCGCGAAAAUAGUUGUAGGACACGGGAUUUUAGAGAUAGGGUAUAUACAUGUUAGGAGUUUAUAUUAUGCGAAUUAUACUAUAAGAAAUAAAACUAUCAAAAGUUAAUGAAAGUGAGAAGCAAAUAACAGAGUGCUGCCACUCAAUGGGUUAAUAAGAAGCCAUUUACAUACAAUAAGAAAACUUACCACAGCUCUUGACAGCAUCAUUAUCUGAAGUACCUUUAUCUGGAGUAUCUUUCUCUUCAUUCCCUGUACAUGUAAUAGAACAUAAAACAUUUAAAUGUAUUGGUAUACAAAUAUUGAAUGUUUUUAUGAGUGCAAUGGUAAGAAUAUUUUCAUUUGGUGAAAGAUGGAAUGUUCCAUUCAACUCAGCUGUUGCCUCGUUGAAUGGAACAUUCCAUCUUUCACCGAAUGAAAAUAUUCUUACCAUUGCACUCAUAAAAACAUUCAUUGAUUGUACCAGUUAUAUUUGUUAAUUAAAUUUCUGUGAAGCAAAUAAUUAUAGAGACAAGUCACCCCGACAAACAUAAACUGGCAAUAAGUUGAAUAAUAUGAAAGGUUUGCUUCUAAUUCAUGGUGGAUACUAAUUGCAUAUCACUGUGUAAAGAAGAUAGGAAAAACAUUAUGCAAUAAUUUUCUUUAGUUAAAGUGGAAACAUUCCAAAGUGGAAACAUUGUUGUUUUGUAUGAACGUAUGGCGAACGUUUUGAAAGCCAGUGUCUGAACACUUUUAACUCUUUCCCGACAACCGGUUUCGUAUUACAUUUCGAUACAAUUUUUCUAAUAUAAAUAUCUCGGCGAGUAUUUACCCCCCUAUUAAAUAAAUGCCACCAUUGAAAUCCUCACAAUAUAACCUUUCGAACGGGGGGUCAAGUGCCGUCAAAACAUUACACAAACCGAAACAAUCAUAUAUUUAUACUCGCCGCUUCGCCAAACAUUCAAACGAGAAAAAGUUGAAUAUAUUCUAAACUUUGGUGUCAUUUCUUGAAAGGAUAUGUGUAAAAUACUCUUUGUAUUCAAGCGCUUUCGUGUAGAAAGUUUCGUAUGUAUACGCCGACUAGAAAUAUUUAUUCUGAAUUUUUCAAGGUAUCGGGUUUUACUAGCACGCGCUUGUAUUACGUAAUACUUGGCCAAUAAGGAGCUCCCUUUAGCCGGGAUGACGUAAAACUCACGCGUAUGGGUGCACUUUGACCUGUAGAAUCCAUUUCUGGCAUUUCCAGAGUCACGCGAUGCAAGCGUCGCAUUGUUUUGACGUUUUUUCUUCGUAUUUCCGGUUGGGAUUAACGCAUAUUCGGAGCAGAAAUACAAAAUUCGGCACUAAAUGUCGAAUUUUAAAGAUAGAAGCUUGAAAAUAACACUAUACGUGUUAUUUUUAACUUCUUAUUGCAGCAAGAACAUCAGAAUGAGCAUACGUCCCAAUGGAACGAAGUUAUAUUCGGCGAAAGGUAUGUUUAUAAUUUGUCAGUAAUAUUGCGUAAUUUGAUCAUAUUUAUUCAUAUACGAGCUCGUUUGACUUUCAAAGCUCAUAAAUCGCUAUAAUGUUGCCAUUCACUAAAUCUAUCGAUAGGAAUGAGUAGCUAUCGUUACACUGAAUCGAAUGGUGGUAUUUUGGUCCACGUAGCAUUUACCGAACUGAAGAUAUGAACCGCAAAAAUGAUAAAUCAUGAGUGAUUUGUUUAAUAGGGACCUGUCGGGAAAGAGUUAAGACUUUUAAAUCAUAUUUUUUUUGUAUAUAUUUUAAGUAUUUUUGUUUAUUAUCAUUAAAAGAUAAAAGUCUAACACAUGGCGCCCAACGUGGGGCACUGGCUUUAGGCGAACGAGCGAGGAAUCGACGUAAACGGAAUAUAUUUUGUGGAAAAUAUGGUUGACGAACGCGAAGAAACUUUAAAGCGACUGCGAGCAAUAUGCUCUGGGAAUCGAGGGGUUGUAACGAAGUACAGCAAAGAAGCUACGGAAUUGAUUGGAUCAGGGGACGAUUCGGCGAAAGGAAGGUUGUGUACUAUAGCGAGUUUGUUAGACGAAAAAAUCGAUCGAUUGAAACAAUUAGACAAUGACAUUUUGAAAUUGUGUGACGUUGGUGACAUUGAACGAGAAAUCGAAGAAUCCGAGGAGAUUUUUUCCCGAGUAAGCGACGUGCGACGCGAAAUUACGAAGUAGUCGACAAAACGAUAAACCGGCGAAAAUACCGGCUGUAACCGAAGAGUCGACAAAACAAUAAACCGGCGAAAAUACCGGCUGUAACCGAAGUAGCACAAGAAAACCCGCCGAUUACAACGACCCAUGGAGAAAUUGUUGAGGAAUCGAAUAUUAACGACGUGUCGAUAGGCGGAUUAUCAACAAAUUUAUCGCAAAAUACAUCGCCUGGGAAAAGUACGCCGUCAUUUUCGAGAUCAAGCUCAUCUUACCUAAAUUUAAAGGGGACAUAACAAAUUAUCGCACUUUUUGGGAGACGUUUGAAAGUGCAGUUCACAACAACGAGGAACUUACUACGAUUGACAAGUUCAACUAUUUGUUUUCUUUAUUGGAGGGACAAGCUUGCCAUUACCGAGGACAAUUACCACGCAGCAGUUGACAUUUUACAAGAGCGCUUCGGCAAAACGCAGCAAAUAAUUGCUGCGCAUAUGGACGAACUAUUGAAAAUAUCUGCUUGUGAUGGUGAUAAAUCAAAGCAAUUAAGGUUUGUUUAUGACAAGGUCAGUGUGAAUGUGUGUGCAUUAGAAGCUUUGGGGGUACAAUCAGAUCAGUAUGGGAGCCUCCUUAUCCCCGUAAUUAUGUCGAAGUUACCGAGUGAUGUUCGCUUGCAAAUAGCUAGAAAGACUGAGAAAGAUGUGUGGGUAAUGAAAGACUUAUUGGAAAUUAUUAGAAGGGAAGUGGAAGCACGAGAACUGAGUGAGCAAGUCAAGGCAAAUAGUGAGAUCAAAAAACCUCCCCCAUUUCCUCCAAAAUUUCCCACAGCAUCAGCUCUGACCGCCCAAGAAGCUACUGGCGUAUCUAUUAAGUGUGCAUAUUGUGGAAAGCAGCAUUACUCGGCUUCAUGCGAGACAGUGGUGCAAUUAAGUGAACGGAAGGAUAUAUUAAGACGAGCGGGCAGAUGUUUUGUUUGUUUGCGUAUUGGUCACCGUAGUAACCAGUGUUUUCCAACUCGUAAGUGUCGACGUUGUCAGGGAGCCCAUCAUCAAUCGAUAUGUACCGAAAGUCCAAAAUUUCCAGAGCACAAGAAGCCUGGGGCCGAGACCAAGCCCGAUGAAAAUGCACCUAAACCUGGUGGUUCAAAUAGUAACACCAUCACAGCCAAUCAAAUCUCAACAACUGCUACUCGAAGCAAGUGCAAGGUUUUCCUGCAAACCGCUACAACGUAUGCAUGUUCUCCAAAUACUAGCUCUGUAGUACCCGUUAGAGUCUUGAUGGAUAGCGGCAGUCAACGAAGUUAUGUAGCUGAAUCAUUGAAGCAGAAGUUGGGUCUUGUUCCUGAUAAGACUGAGGUACUAAAUCUAAAUACCUUUGGUGACGACAAAUUUCGAAAGCAACGAUGUGACCAAGUACGACUGCGACUACAGGGUCAGACCAAGGACAUUGAAAUCUCGGCACUUUGCUUUCCCAAGAUCGGUUCUCCACUGUCAAUGACAUUAGAUAUCGAGCGUUAUCCACAUCUAGAUGGUUUAGUUCCGGCCGACCAAAGCCUACUUGACAAUUCCGCCCCGGACAUUGACAUUUUGAUUGGCUCUGAUUAUUAUUUUGAAGUAAUUAUGGGAGAAAUCCGACGAGGGGACAACGGUCCUGUUGCAGUGCAAAGUGAGUUUGGCUGGCUGAUCUCAGGAAAUGCUCAAGCAUUGAACACCGGAAAUAACGAGACACAGACAAAUCUCAUGUUAGAACGAUCAGAACAUACCUACCCUGCUGAUCUCUUCAUGAAAGAGAACGAAGAUGAAUUAACGAAUGCUGUUCGAAAGUUUUGGAACACAGAGUCUGUUGGAAUUAUCGAGCCAGAUGAAUCAACCGAAAGUGAAUUUCUGAGAGGAGUACAAUUUAAUGAAGUGAGCCAACGAUAUCAAGUGAGUCUACCGUGGAAAGAGGGAUGUCUACCGAUCGAAAGUGGUUUUUCAGCUUGUCUCAGUAGAUUACGACAAACUCAUUCUCGUUUGAAGAAGGACCCGGAACUUUUGAAAGAGUACUGUAAUGUUAUUAAGCAGCAGCAAGACCUGGGAAUUAUCGAGCGAAUUGCCGAAAAACCCGGACACGAUGA